UUAUCUUACAAAGUGUAGUGUAUAGUAUAGUAUAAUAAUUAUAUACUAUACACUAAAAAUUAAAUAAUGGGAAGAACACCUUGUUGUGAGAAAGUAGGUCUUAAGAGAGGGAGAUGGACUUCAGAAGAAGAUGAAAUCCUCACCAACUAUAUUCAAGCUAAUGGUGAAGGUUCUUGGAGGUCAUUACCAAAAAAUGCUGGGUUAUUAAGAUGUGGAAAGAGUUGUAGACUAAGAUGGAUUAAUUAUUUGAAGAGUGAUUUAAAGAGAGGUAAUAUAACCUCUGACGAAGAAGCUAUAAUCAUCAAGUUACGUGCAACUUUGGGUAACAGGUGGUCUCUUAUAGUAGAACAUUUACCUGGUAGAACAGACAAUGAAAUAAAAAACUAUUGGAAUUCUCAUUUGAGACGAAAAGUGGAUAGCUUAAGAAUUCCAAGUGAUGAGAAGCUACCACAAGCAGUUGUUGAAUUAGCUAAAAAAGGAACACAAGUAAAACAUAUUACCAAACGAGGACGCAGUAAAAGAAAAAUAAUUACUAGAGUUUCAAAUUCUACGAAUGAAAAUAUCGAGUUUGAUCAUUUUGAUGACCAGAUGUUAUGGCAUGACGAUAUUAUGCUGAUGGACGAUAACUAUGAAGUGCUAGAUCAAGAUUUUAUUACAAAUUGUUUAUGGGACGGCCAAGGAGAAAAUCUUGAAAUAACUGAUGAUAAUAAUAAUAAUAAUGAAAUCUUAAGAGAGGAUAAUUAUGGUAAGUGGGAUUGGGAAUAUUUAAGUGAAAUAUUGAAUAAUGAAAUAUGUGGAAAUAGUACUAAAGAAGCAGAGCAAGAUAAUAAUAAUAAUAAUAAUAUUAUGUCAUUAUGUGACAUUAAUGACAAUGUGCAGAACUGCAUGAACAAAGAAGCAACACAAGAAAAUAUUGAUCCCAUGCAGAGUGAUUUGGUAGCUUGGCUUUUGUCUUAAUUUUGGAAGUAUUACAAUUAAGGAGAUAGUUUAUAUUAUUUAUUCCACAAAAAUAAAGAUUAAAUUAUGUAUAUUACUUUUUUUUUCUUUUCAAAUCUCAUUUAUGAGAUGAAAAUAUAAUAUGUUAUUAUUAGUGUGGUAGAAAUAGACUAGGCAUGUACAGUGGGUUUAAAA